GCCAGUUCCGGGUUGAUUAGAAAUCACUCGACAUGGCGGGCAGUGUUCAUGAAGGGCCCGAAUUCGGGGUUGGGGACUUUGUUCUCCUAAAUGACAUUACAUUGGAUGCUUUUAUGAACAAUUUGAAACUAAGAUAUGACAAGAACAAGAUCUACUCGUUCAUUGGCGAGGUGGUUGUAUCCGUCAACCCGUAUAAAACCAUGGAUAUCUAUAACCAGAGCUAUGUGGACCAGUAUCGGGGCCGCGAGAUCUACGAGAGGCCGCCACAUAUCUUUGCGCUCGCAGACAGCGCAUACAAGACCAUGAAACGGAAGUCUAGGGACACGUGCAUCGUUAUUUCAGGGGAAAGUGGCUCCGGUAAGACUGAAGCAUCGAAGAUCAUCAUGCGUUACAUCGCCGCGGUUACCAAUGUUGGCGGGAGAAAGGAGGUUGAACGAGUAAAGGAGGUGCUAAUCAAGUCAAACAUAAUCCUGGAGGCAUUUGGAAAUGCCAAGACCAACAGGAAUGACAACUCUAGUCGGUUUGGAAAAUAUAUGGACAUCAACUUCGACUUCAAGGGAGAUCCGAUCGGAGGCCAUAUUAACAAUUAUCUUCUUGAAAAGUCAAGAGUAGUUCACCAGCAACAUGGCGAACGGAAUUUCCAUGCCUUCUACCAACUGUUGUCGGGGGCAACUGACCCCAAACUGGCUGAGAUGAAACUAGCUCGAAGUACAGACAAAUACCACUUUGUUUGUCAGGGGGGCGACUCUAAGUGUUCGACCAUAAAUGACCAAUCAGACUACAGGAAUGUUAUGAAUGCCAUGAAGACCAUGGGGUUUGCCUUCAAACACGCGGAGACACUCUGGAAAGUGGUGGCAGCAGUCAUACUUCUGGGCAACAUAGAAUAUGAGGCUCAAGACGACGUUCAUGACCUUGCAAUGGUGAAAGACAGGAAGUUGAUGUCGGAUAUCGCUGGUCUUAUCGACGUUACCAAUGACGACUUAGCGAAGGCUCUAACGCACCGUGUUAUCGCUGCGGGAGGAAAUGUUGUUGAUAAGGGGCUGACUGUGUCAGAGGCAUACUAUGCGAGGGAUGCCUUUGCCAAGGCAAUCUAUGACAGAAUGUUCACAUGGAUUGUAAAAAGAAUCAACGAGGCGAUUGAUCCAAAGACAGCGGGCGUAGAAUUUGUCGGCAAGAAUACUGUCAUCGGCGUCCUCGAUAUCUACGGCUUUGAGAUCUUCGACAACAACAGUUUCGAGCAGUUUUGUAUCAACUAUUGUAACGAGAAGCUUCAGCAGCUGUUUAUUGAAUUGGUGUUGAAACAGGAACAAGAAGAGUACAUGAGAGAGGGGAUCGCGUGGCAACACGUGGACUACUUCAACAACAAAGUCAUCUGUGACCUCGUCGAACAACCUCACAAGGGCAUUCUGGCCAUCUUGGAUGAAGCUUGUCUAAGUGUUGGGAAAGUCACAGAUGAGAUGUUCUUGACCGCUAUGAGCCAGAAGUUGAGUAAGAAUGAUCGAUACACAUGCAGAUCUCUGAACCCAUCGGAUAAAACCCUGGAACACAAGCGUGAUUUCCGUAUCAAGCACUACGCCGGCGACGUCACCUACUCCGUCAACAGCUUCAUUGACAAGAACAAAGAUACACUUUUCCAGGACUUUAAGAGACUGCUGUACAACAGCAAUGAUGAGCUGAUCAAAAUGAUGUGGCCCGAGGGGAAAGUGUCAAUCACCGAGACCACUCGCAGACCACAGACGGCGGGCACAAGUUUCAAGAACUCCAUUAUCUCCUUGGUCGACAGGCUUGCCACAAAGGAGCCGCACUAUGUACGCUGCAUCAAGCCCAACGAGAUCAAAUCCCCGUGCCAGUUUGACGACACCCGAUGUAAGCACCAGGUCAUGUAUCUUGGUCUGCUUGAAAACGUACGAGUACGCAGGGCAGGAUUUGCAUUCCGUGCUCAAUAUGAGCGCUUCCUAGCUAGGUACAAAAUGAUCACCAAGUACACAUGGCCCAACUUCCAUGGCUCGGCGUAUGAUGGAGUGAAGGCGAUCAUCUCCCAUAUGAGGUUUGAUGACGAUGUUGAAUAUGGGAAGUCCAAGAUCUUCAUUCGCUCACCACAGACGCUGUUUGCUUUGGAGGAAGAACGUGACAAGUUCAUUCCCGGCAUCAUACUCUUCCUGCAGAAGAAUUGGCGCGGUGGAAAUGCAAGAAGGAAGGCUAAGAAAAUGCGAGCCAUCUACUUCAUCAUGUCGAGAUUUCGUAGAUACAAAAUGCGGUCGUACAUUAAACAGAUUGUGGAGAAGUUCAGGAAUGUCCGUAAGAUGCGAGACUAUGGAAAGAGCAUAAAAUGGCCGACCCCACCCAAGGUCUUGUCAGGCUGGGUGGGAGAACUCCAAAAGGCUCACAAUAGGUGGCGUGCAAACAUGAUAUUACAGAAGGUGCCCCAGGAUGAGCGGCCAGCCUUACAGCUCAAGUGUUCGGCACAUUCCAUGCUCCGGGGCCAGAGAUCCGAGUGGGGCAUGAGAAGGAAGUGGGAAGGAAAUUAUUUGGCUACCACCAAGGACAAUGCGUCAACCAUUGACUUUGUCACCAAAAUGACCUCCCUCAAGUCCCACGAUGGCUUCAACAAGGUGCUCUUCUCAUCGUAUUGUAAGAAGGUGAACAAGCACAACCAGUGUGCAGAUCGUGCAAUCGUGAUUACAGACAGGGGCAUUUACAAGCUGGAUCCAAAAAAGAAAUACAAGCCUAUGCGUUCAAUCAUUCCUCUACAACAGGUCACAGGACUUACAGUUAGCCCUGAUGUGGACCAACUGAUAGUUUUCAAGCUUACUGAUGGAAAUGACCUUGUCAUUUGUUUGAACUCGCCCAGCCACGAGGAGCGAGUAGGAGAAGUCGUUGGCAUUAUGGCAAGGAUAUGGGAAACAGUGAUCCAUAGUCAACUUCAGUUCACCGUAUCCAAGCAACCAACGUGUAACCUUGGAAACAAGUCCCGACAAUUGGCCAUAAAGAGCACCGCAGCGAACGGAGGACCAGUGUUUAAGAAAGAUGGACAAGUGCUGGCAUUGUUUUGGCCUAGCGCCACGUAGUGGCAAGAUUGGUUUUAAGUUGGGUGUAGCAGCAAUAGGUUUUAAGUGAAGUGUAGCGAAGGUUGAUUUUAGGUGAAGUGUAGCGAGGGUUGAAUUUUAAGUGAAGUGUAUUUGGAUUACAUUUUUAAUGAGCUUGUAUAUACAUUAUAAGUUGUGAGAACAAAAAUUAUGAUACUGUUGUACAUGUUGAAAUGUAUUCUAUGAGCACCUAAGAAGUCAUUUACGUCAUGUACGUAAUUGAUACUAGUUUGUCAUGGUCCUUUGUGUUGAUGAAGAAGGCCCAUAACUAUUCCUUUAUUUAUUGUCAAGUAAUGCCCGUAAGACAAGAAUUUUCUUUCGCCCAAGGGGUUUUUCGUUAUAAUAGUGAUGUAGGUUUUAAAUAAUUCACGUUUGAAGUCUAAUACUGAAACUUUUGUAACUUUUACUGACCUUUUAAUAUGUAAGAUUUUGAUGAUUUCCGAUUAAUAAUAAAAGGAUUUGAUUAACCUUUAUGACUUUGUCUUACAUUUGGGACAACACUCUUUCACAUGUUUAUUAACUUAGGUUAUGUGUUGAGAACUGUUCAGACCUAAAAAUAUAUUUGUUUAUGGUAAGAUCCCAAAAUUACAAGGUAGGGUUGGUAGGGAUUUUUUUUCACUAUACUUCUUGUCAAAUUGCAAAUAGCGCUAUUUCUUGCAAAUGUCACUCAUAAAUUGCUGUUGUCAUGGAACGUUGUCAUGGAACUCAUUACUGUCAAAAAUUAAUGACAGUUUGUUAGAAAAUGUGUUUGUAGUAGGUAGACCAGUUUCUUUUUAUUUAUUUUUUUAAUUUUUUUACACGGGUUGGUGGCUUUUAUAAGGUAGGGUCAGGUUACCGGCAACAAGCAAUUUUUUAGGCCUCACAUUUCUACACACCUAAAAUGUUUGCUCGAUUGAAGUUAAUUAUGAAUGACUCACAAUAGGCCUACAGCUUUAUGUUGUUAAGUGAUAUUCUGGCCUUUGAAUGUUGGUAAGUAUUACGGUAAGAUCAAUAAACUUUGAAUAAAAUGUCACUACUGUACAGGUUUUUAUUAUUGAAGUUAAGAAAUUUUUCAAAAUUUAGACGUUGUAUUUGAAAUUUAUUAAAUGCGUAAUGAUUUGAUCAAACAAACAUGAGUUUGCUUUCAGCUUUUGAUUUUUAAACGUUGCAACUGAAUGCCUUCAUCUUUACUUAUAAACAAAAUGAUAUUUCCUUAGCCAUGUAAUUUUGGGUAAAGGUGAAAAGUUUGAGGAUUAAAAUACUUUUUGAUAAGAAAUGGAAUACUACAUAUAUCUAUAAUCAAGUGUCAGUUAUAACAUUUUUUUCAAAAGCUGGAAGAAAUGAUCUGAUCGAGUGCUUUAAGGGAUUGUGUUAUACAUUGACAUCAAACUGCUUUAUCCAUCAAAUAAGCAUUAAAACACUUGAUUUUGGCCAAACUAUAUGAAUAUUCUAGCAUACCGUAUCAGCACUGAGUGAUAAAUGCAUUUUAAGAGCAAAGCUUGAACCCCAAUAUGGUUGCCUGAGCGCCAUAUAUCCCAUAUCGGGCCACUUACAAACACCAAAAUGUAUAUAUCACGUUGACAUCCUGUUUUCAUUGAUCUAUUUAUGGGAAGGGUUUCAUUAUUCAUCAGAAUCCGAAAAAAAGACACCAAUUUGGUACACUAUAUGUUAGUGACAAAAUAUGGAAAAAUUUGGGGCCACCGCGUGACCAGUUCUGGACCAAAAGUAUUGCGUCAAUCAUGUUGGAGGCGUGAUACAAACAAUUAGAGUCAUUCUACUACGGGUAAUGAUUUACAAUAGUCGCAUUCGGGCCAUGAACUUUUCUACUCAGAAGUAGCUUUUUGCCAAUCUAUAAGACACUAUCUUUAAAUAAGAUGCUAAGAUAUUGACCAAUGUACAACAUUAGCAUAGACAAGCGUUUCAAUGAAUGAAAUGAAUAGAACUUGAUUGUUGAACUGUUUUGAUAUACAUUUUUGCCUUUAUGACUUAUAAAUGAGUUUAAUUGGUGUUGUAAAUUAUUUGCUUAAUUUGGCCUUACAAUAAUUUCUGUUUAGCUUUUAAACUUAAGCCUAAAGUGAUUUGCUGUUGUUGGGUGUUUUGAAAAUUGAUUAGAAAAUACUAUUUUGGUGCAUUGAUGUUGGACAUUUUUGAAGUGGUUAAAUUGUUUUUUGUGUACAUUAUGAUAUGGUUAUAAAUCUACAUACAGUUUGCUUUCAUAAUGGUUUAUUGUAGGCCUGGUGCCGGUUUAUACAUGCAUGUUGCAAAUAUUUAUAAUUCGCUUUUUUCCUCAUCAGAUUCUGUCUUUCUAAGAAUGAAGUUGAGGUUUUGUCAUAGCCUUCCAUGGCGUUGUUGUUGUGGAUGGUGACCUUAGCCAUUCAAGGUAUUCAAAUGAAACUUGGUAUGCAUUGAUACAACAUAAAAAAAAACCCACACAGAUGUACAGCAAGGCACCUAACUAUGGCAUUAAUAAUUGUUGUGUUAUGUCCCUUUUUUGACUGACAACAACAACAACAACAACAACAGAUGAGAGUUUGUGUUGGCUCUGGGUUCCUCUUGUUUUAUAUACUGUAUGUUUUUAUUUUGGUGGCAUUACCAUAACUUUUCAAACAAUUUUUUUUUCGGCUUGUUAGACUACUAUGGUCUCAUCGCAUUAACUCUUCCAUAUAUGUGUAACGGUGGAUUAUUUAUUAUUAUAUUUUAACGUCUGCUUCUGUAAAAAAGCCAUUAGAUCAAAACAUGUAUGUUGUCACCAUGUCAUUACUAUUGUGAUAAGAAUUAUUCCAUAUUGAAAUAUUUUAUAUACAUAUAUAUAAUUAAAGAAUAAUUUGUUCGGCCUUAAAGCUGGUCCCUCCAAUAUUUACCCUUUUGACAUUUUUUUUAUUUUUUGUCUUUUAAUGAGCCAAAUUUUGCAUAAAUACCUUACAACCAGUGAUGUAAGACUGCUGACAAAACAUCAUAUCGCAGGUUUUCAUAUUUUUUGUUUGAAAAAUUGCUGUUUUAUGUCUAAAAGCGUUACUAACACUUUAAGAAAAAUGCAUAAAACAUCAAUGUUUGAACAUCAAUAUGCAAACCUAAGAUCUGAUUUUUUGUCAGCAGUCUUAUAUUACUAGUUUCCAUGAAUUUUCGCAAAAUUAGCUUGUUCAAAGACAAAACAUAAAAAAGUUGUCAAAUCAUUAAAUCUGUGAGAGUGCAGCUUUAACAACUCACAUAUUGAGGUUUGGGUAGCUAGGUAGGGCUCUUUGUUAUUUACUUCCUAACAGCUUAAUUUUUUUUGUAAUGAAAAAUUAAAAAAAAGUUAUGCCCACCCAACAGGCUAAAGAACUUUUGGAUUAUAUGUAUUUUUGUGAGUCGGGUCAUGUCAGGCCGAAUAAAUUAUUCAGUGUGGCCUCAUGGUCGUUUGAUAUGCUUUAUUAAUAUGUAAGUGAUAGCCAGUUAACUUUCUAAACAGGGUGUAUCAAUGUUGUAAACUUGCUUCUGUGUAUUUAUACAUAGCUUUUUGUCAUUUUUAUGUUCACUGUAUAAAUUAUUUACAUGUACCGUAGUUAUUUUAAUACCAGAGCUAAUAUUGGCAGAAGAAAAAGAUAUCUGUAGUUAGUCUAACUACCUCUAAUAUAUUAUUAACACGCGUAUGACCAAAGUGUUAUUUAUAAGUGGUAGGAAUAAACAUCUUGAAAUUAAAUGUUUAUUUGAUUUCAAAGGAAAACUCAUUUUUAGACUGUCAGCUGCAAGCCGACAGUCUUUAGAGAGCGGUAUUUCAGAAAUGCGACUAGUCGCCUGACAUGACAUAUUGAACAUGAAUAUAUUAAUACACACCACCUGCGUAGCAACAGAACUUCUUAAGUGGAUGUGGGGCGUCAAGUACUUGCUUAUGUGUAUUUUUUUAGUUUUUCACGCCCACUGCACAUUGAACUAAAAAUCUUGGUUAUUUUUUGUACCUUUGAUUAUAAGAUCGAACAUGAUUUUAAGUUAUUUCUUCAGUACAUAAUUAUUAUUAAACUAGAAAUUGACCUUUAAUUUGAUGUAUUAAAGAAAUGUCUAAUUAACCAGUCAAAAUUAUGAUUAACCUUUUAUAGGUAAUCUAAAUAUAGAAUUGGACUUAAAUAAAAUUAAUCAUCCUUAUUUAAGAAAAUAUUUACUGUAAUUAAGCCUAGUUCAAUGUCUUCACUGUGUGUUUUAUUAGAGCAGCUAGUUUAUCAUAUGUCUUGAAAUUAGGAUUUGAAAUCCACAUCCAUUUCAUUUCUUUCUUGCGAGCCGUCUGUGUACUUUAAAUAUAUGAUGUUCUAUGUAGCUUAGACAUGGAAAAUUACAUAUCAGAAUUUAUGCAGAUUUUAUUUUGGAAUAUAAUAAUUUUAUUUUGGAAUAUAGAAUUUUUAUUUUUUCCCUUGUCUCAAUGACUUAUGCAUAAUCUUAAAUAGAUCUGAUGAAAUUAUUGUAAAAUGAAUAGUGCCUUUGAAAAAGUACUUUUUGUCAGGAGAGUUGCAGGUUGGCUUUCUGAUUCAGUUAAGCCAUGGUGACUUUCAAGUGCCUUUUUAAUUCGUAGCCAUGACAAGCAAAAUAGAUAAAAGUCUGAUAAAAAAAUAAUGAUUAAAACCGGUGACUUAAAAGCUAAGACAACGGUACAUGACAAGUACAUAUAUAUCAUACAAUGUAAUCAGUUAUGUUAUUCAACUAUAUUGUGUACUUAAUAUACUAUUAUGGAAAUUCGCAAAAUGAUGACUUUUGUACAUAAGUGUAUUUGGGCAAAACUGGACCUCUUAUUUAUUAUGUCUGUAAAUAUUGUCUUGUUUUAUAAGUGACAUCCUAUCAAUUGAUCAGCAGCAAAUUGUAGAAGUUUUUGGAUUGGUCAAAAUUAUCUAAAAUGUUUGUUGAUUGGUCAAUAUUUAUCCAAUAAGAACUACUAACCAAUCAAAUUCAUUUACUGAGUCAGCUUAGACUGUUGGUUAGUUUCUGUUGUUUUGUUGUCUUUUUUUAAUAUAAGAAAAAAGUUGUAGAAAUUAUUUUGUUGAAAAACAUGAUGGUGUUCACAGCAAUGUUGUUGUUGUCAUGCUAAGCUAGAUGUUGACUUUUUAACUUUGAAACCGUAAACAUAAAACACGUCCACACAGUGACAAUACCCAACAAAUGUGUAGCAGUUUGUUUAUUUUGGGAGACAAACUUAAUUGCAUGUGGAGUUAUAGACAUUGUUUUAAGUGGGCAAUCAAUUGGACCAGUCAACUGGCAUCAGUGCUUCAAGCGCUGUUAAUUGUUAACUGUUGCUGCUUUUCUUAGCCUUAUUCAAAUGCCUGUGUUUAAUUGUUAUAUUUUCAAUGCUUCCAUUUUUAGGUGAUAUAUUUGUGUAGUAUUCUUGUUAUUAGAUGUAGUCGUUGAUGGUGGCAGAGUUUGAUUUUCCCUACAUAGUAGGUACCAGUAGCCAAUUGUAUAAAACUGGUUCACUCUUUUGAUUGGUCAAAGAUACCAACAAUGGUUAUUGAUUAGCCAAUAAUAACCAAUCAAUUCUUUUGAAUUUUCAAAAUGGCCGCAGGAUAACCAGUGAACAAGUUGACCUGGCUUUAUACAAUUGUAUGCAGUAGAUUUAUGAAUACAGUUAUACAAUCAAUGAUUAGUUCUCUUAGGAAUAAAAUAAUGAUAUAUGUAGUAAAAACUUCUAAGUCAGUAUUGGAAAUGCUGUGUUCUAAUAAAAAAUCAAAUGUACAUUAAAUGUUACUUGUAAGAUAAAUUUGGAUAAACGUCUUGUUUUGGAAUUGUUACCAAUUUUGUAAUUAUAUUUACGAAAUGUUCUUCAUUUUUCAUCGAGGACAAAUAGGUCACUAACUUCUUGAGUCUAAGUUUAAGACUUAUAUGUCAUUAAUUAUCUUUAAUGUAUUAUUUACAGAGAAUGUGUAAAUAAUUGUUGAACAUUUUAUGUGCAACAUAUAUGACCAGUUUUACCAUAAUUGCUCUGCUAAAAACAAUCAUAUAAUGAAAUAGAGAUUAGCAGAUUUGAGUGUUGAGUCUCGAAUUCAGAAUCCAGAUUGACAUUAGUGAAUUCAGACCCAGGGCUGUUAUUCAAUAUUGGUCUUAAUUGGAUCUAAGAACGAUGUAGCUAAUCAGAUUUUUGGUUAUUAAUAACUGACCAAUAGAGUGAAUGAAGUCAAUGAUGUAUGAUCAUAAGAUUUACUUAAAUUGGAUAUUGCAUUCAACCCAAGUAUUUUUGAAGUAUCUCUUUCUUUUGAAAACAACCUUUAUUGGAAGCAAAGGUUAUCAAUCUUUGAUUGUAUACUUACAAACUUAUAUACUAGUUAUUUACUAAUAUUUCAUGGACAAAAGUGAGUUUGUAUGAAUCUGUUUAGGCUUUAAGCAUUGAUUUCUUUAAGAAUGCUUUUCUAAACUUUAAGCUCUUUCAUUUUCAUUCCUAGAAAAGGAAAUCAGUAGAUAAUGGGACGAUUGUUCUGAACUUUAUUGCAGUUAACAAUGUGAUUAAGAACAUUGUUGUAAAUUUUUAAGCGUGAAAUUUGUUGAUAAUGUGCUCAAAUAUUUAAAUAAAAUGUACAGAUGAAAUGGUUGUCUUAAAUCUUGUUAAGAACACAGCAGAUCUUAAGUGUAUCCAUUAAAUAUCCAGAGCGGUAGAGAUUUAAAACUUAACAACAAUGACGUUUACAACAUUGUUUUUCUUAACAAAGUUUUGAACAGUCAGCCCAUUGAAUAGAUACACUAUGAUUAAAAGUACAUGGAAAAUAUUUUCCAGGAUAAAAAUCAACCCUUUGUUAUGACACACAUGGAAUGAAAUUAAUUUGUGAUAUGAAAUCUUGCCAGCAAAUUCAGUAAUAUGUAUUUUAUAACUGCAAUGGAUUUGCAUACAAGAAAUUUAGCAAAUUAACAGACAUAAUUUAAAAAAAACCAUCUUGAUAUUUUAAAUUGAAUGGAAAUUUAUUUUUGCUGAGUAAACUUUUGUUAAAACUUUUUACAUGUUUGUGAAAUAUAUUAUUUGAACACUGUUUUUGUAUUUAUACAUGUAUAUGUAUUUUACAUUUUUUUGUGUUUUAAGAAGUUUUUUGUACAAGUUUUUACAGGAUUAUAAUACCCAUAGUAUGGUUUGAUAAGCCUUCUGGCUCUGAUGUCAGUUAACACUAAAUAGGUCAUUUUUUCAAGAAAAAAAAAUAUCAAAGUAACUUUGAUUAGGUUGCAAAAUAUUUUUAUCAAUUAAGUUUCUGAAAAUAUUUGUAUAUGAUUAUUUUUUAUGAUAUUUUAACUGUUAAACAGUUGUUAUUUUUUCUAUGCACAAGAGAAACUUUGUCAAGGCCUUAAUUUCCUCUGAGAGCUAAAUAACUGGUAAUAACUAAGUUAAGCAUAUAUUCUUUUACCUUGGUAUGUAAUUUUGAUAGUAUGAAAAAAAAUAAUCUUGAAUUAUUAACAUGUUGUACAUGUAGGGUUUAUUUCUGUCAAAUUUAUGAAAUAUCCAUUGAAUAUUCCUACAAAUUUUCCACCAAAUUCAGUUAUUACUUGACAUAUUUUAUCACCAAACAGGGAUCACGAAUGGAUUUCGCUUUUAUAUGUUACAGAAAAAAAUCCAAUUGUUAUUAUGCGAAGUGCUUAUUUUUUGUUCAUAUGACACGGUCUGUAUAUAUUAUAUUGCAUUGUUACUUAUUAUGGUGGCUUAAUGUGUAUUCUGUCAUAUUAGUUGUAAAUCAUAUACAUUGUAAUUAUUAUAUUUUUAUUGCCAGACACUAUUAAAAGCGAGUCAAGUA